AUGUCAGCACUUAUGGAUAAAAUUCAAAAUGACGUUCAGUAUAAAACCUGGCGAGAUCUCGCAUCAAUAACUUUAACCAGAGUAAUUUUAUUUAAUAAAAAAAGAUCAGGUGAAGCAGCUAAACUGACAAUUGAUCAAUAUGCUACAAGACCGACCAUCGAAGAUAACACAGAAGAAAUACUUAUGUCAUCACCUUUUACUGUAAAUGAAUACAGAGCUCUUCAAUAUUCACCAAAUGGAAGCGUUUGUUAUAAACUAAGGUUUGGAGACGAAUGGAAGCUACUUCCACAACGCCGUGAAUUGCUUCUACCAAGACAAUUUGAUAAUUUACCCACUCUCCAUUCCAAUAGGUUGCCAUUAAAUUGCCUAAAAUUUAAUGAUCUUCAGGAGCUGAAAAUAACUAUACCUUUUGAUUAUCAUUCAUAUUACGAUAAUUUACCACAUAACUAA